AGGAAAAGGACGGGAGGAGGGAUCCAGAAACGUUUUCCUCUGCAGCUACACAACACGAAAAGAAGGAGUGAAAGAAAGAAAGCUAGAGAAGGGAAGGAGUGGAGCGUGAAAUGGAGAUGAGGGGAGUGGAAGAUGGUUGGAAAGGUGCAGUUGAGAGAGUUUCCUCAAGGGAGAGCAGAAACUAACAGAGAGAGAGAGAGAGAGAGAGAGAGAGAGAGAGAGAGAGAGAGAGAGGAUACAAAAAAGAAGCAGAGUAGAGAAAGAGGAAGAGAUGAUGAGAAGGAAAAAGGCUGAAGUGGAUUAAUUGAAGUUGACAAAAGGAAAAGGGCAGAUUGUCAGAGCUGAAAGAAGAGGAGGAGAGAAACACUCUCAGGGAGUGGAGAAGAAGCUGAGGAGGAGGAGGAGGAAGAGGAGGAGGAAGAGGACUGGAAUAGUGAAGUGUGUGACAGAAGGAGAGAGAGAGAGAGAGAGAGAGAGAGCAGAUGUGAAGAGGACUAGAGAGAAGAGAGAGUAACUCACUGUUGUGUUUUUGGCUUCGUGUUGAAACCUUCUGGAGCUGGAGCUGCAGGACUGACUGCUAUCAGGACCGAGCAGACACACACACACAGACACACACACACACAGACACACACACACACAGACACACACACACACACACACACAGACACACACACACCCAGCUCCCCUGCAGUGGUGGAUAUGACUGGUCGGCUCUGUGGCGUGGUGGACCUGCACUGACAGUUGGGAGGAACCGGUUCUUCGUCCAGUCCGAAACAACAGAGGAGGAGAUGGAUGAGGAGAGAAAGAAAAUUCAACAUCACUUCUUUAUUUCCUCUCAGCUGAUUGAACAUUUGACCGACUCCCUCAGUUGUUCACGUUUAAAGCAGCUCACAACCUGAAACUAUUAAAGUUAAGCUGUCUCUGGAUUUCCUUUUUUAAAAAUGCAUGACAAGAUGAAGUGACUCCACCAGAACCCAAACUCCAGCUUUUGAUGUUUCCAUCGAACAGAACACAAAAACAAAGAUGUCGGUGAAGCUGCGAUUCGACUCCCCCUCGGACGGAGGUCUGGUGCACAGGAGCCGCUCCUUCACCGGGUUCAGCUCCCUGAACGCACGACGGCGUCCGUCCUCUGCACGAAACUCUCUCCGCUCCAAAGCCACGUCGGGGGGGAAGUCUCGGACACACAUGUCUCCCAGCAGAGCGGGUGGAGGGAUCUGGUCUCUGCAGCCGGACCAGGUGGACAGGGUCUUCCAGGCGCUGCGCAAAGGACUCAAGGAGUAUCUGGAGGGUCACCAGGCGGAGAUGGACUUCCUGUCGUCACAGCAGAGAGAGACCAAGAGAAACUCCAGACUGGCGUUUUUCUACGAUCUGGAAAAGGAGCUCCGAGCGCUGGAGAGACACAUACGUCGAUUGGAAUUUCAGAUCAGUAAGGUGGAGGAGCUGUAUGAGACGUACUGUAUCCAGUGGAGGUUGUGUCAGGGAGCCGUCAACAUGAAGAGAGCUUUCUCUCUGUCCCCGUCCACCAGAGCGUCCAGAGACAGUCUGCUGGAGCUGAGCCGCAACCACAGACACAGCCUGCAGGACAUGUCAGUGAUGGAGGGAGAGUUAGAAAUCCUCCUGGGAGAGCUACACAUCAAAAUGAAAGGUCUGAUCGGAUUCGCUCGACUUUGCCCUGGAGACCAGUACGAGGUGGUGGUGCGGUUGGGCCGCCAGCGAUGGAGGAUCCGAGGGAGGAUCGAGUCCGAUGACACGCAGUCCUGGGACGAAGAGGAGAUGGUCUUCCUCCCGCACAUACACCACAACUUCGACAUCAAGGUGACGGAGGCGAAGGGUAUUGGUUGGCUGCUGGUCGGCAUGGUGGCGUGUGCGAGCGCAGACUUCUUCGUGGCGCGGCCGCAGCUGAUGCUGGUCGACAUCACCGAACUGGGAACCAUCAAGCUGCAGCUGGAGGUCACAUGGAAUCCCUUCGACAGCGUGGAGAAGAUGAGGCCUCUGUCCGUCAGCAGACAGUCGGUGUCCAGCAGGAAGAGUUCCGUUUACAGCUGGACGGCCCCGAGUACCCCGUCCUUCACCGAGAAGUACUUCAUCUCGAUGGUGCGUGAGCUGCAGCAUCGAGACGGUUCCCUCCCGUCCCUCGUGUCCAGGACUCGUCACAACAGAGGAGACGUGUCCCUGCUCAGCUACAUGUCCGACCCCGUCCACAGCCCGCUGAGCGCCUACACCCCGAGUCUGACGCGGGCUCACAGUUACCCCUCCAGCCCCAGUCAGGGCCCCAGUCUGGGGGGAAGCCAGACCCAGCUCUCCCUCGGGGAGGAGGAGGGAUCCCUGGAGGGCUCCACGGGGGAGAGGGAGGGGAGGAAGAGGAUGGAUGAGAGGGAGGAAGAGGAAGAGGAGGAUGAGGAGGAAUGGGGAGGAGAGUUGGAGACGUCAUCGUCACCAGUGCAGAGUAAAACAGGAUCUCUGCAGAGGUCCAGUACUCCUGACAUCCUCAGACAGAACCCAGCUGGAGGAGCAGAUCCUGAGACUCCCUGUGCAGCUCUGAGGCAAAACCCCGUCAGUGAGCAGGUGACCCCAGAUCCUGAGUCCUGCUCCUCCCCGGCCUCCCCCACUCUCCCAGUCCAGCCCCCAGCAGCAGCACCGACCUCGACUAUGACGACGGCUCCGACGCCGGGGGGGUCGUGUGCGAGCGCUGCCCAGCGCAGGGCCCAGGCCCUCAGGCUGGGGGCCCUGAUCGCAGAGCUGGAGAAAACGUUACAGAACCAGAGUCGGUCGGAGAAAGAGCUGAGAGCGCUGGACCACCAGAUCCUGCACCUGGCGACCAUACUGAAGAACGACCUCUCCCUGCUGAGAAGCUCGUCCUCUGAGGAGACGCUGGCCGUCGAGGAAGUCCUUGGCAGCUUUGACUUCCUGUCACAUGACUUCAAUGCAGAUGAUGACACUUCCUGUCGGGGCAGCCUGAGGCUCAAAGACAGUGGCAUCAGCUCCUUCAAGCCGAGCACGCUGAGGAGCCGCGGCCUCCACUCCCACCACAGCCAAUCAGCUUCUGAGGAAGAACUGGUUAUUGCCCCACUGACUUCUGGGAACUGGGGUCUUGACCAGGCUCUGGAGACCCACCUGGAUAUUUGCCUCAUCCUGCUACAGAUGACGAGAGCCACAGACUUCAGCCUGUCGAGGACGGAUCUGCUGGAGGAGACGUCUCUUCAGGCCGACGUCCUGGACCGAGUCAGCGCUCUGCUGCUGGAGAAGAACGACCACAUCUCUGCUCGGGACGUCCUCCCUCCGGCCCAGAGAACGAGGGAUGUGUUGUUGUUCUGGGAGGAUUGUGCGAACGACAGCAGCUCUCUGUUCUGCUGUGACUCCAUCAGCUUCAUCAGGACGCUGAAGAGACGCUACACGCACAAGGUGAAGGCCAAGCAGCCCGGCCAAUCAGAGAAAGUGUUCUCUCAGCUCCUGCAGCAGGUGCAGGCGUCCUGUCGCACGGUGCCCGGCCCCCGGUCGCUCUGCACCCCCGACAGAGUCACCGUCUUCCAGCUGUCGGUUUAUCUGCAGCGCUGGAGCGUCCAGGAGCUGGGGGGGCACAUCUCCCGCCUCUCCAAGGAAGAGCACUUCCUGUCGGCCCUGAGGAGUCCCAAACGGCGGCGAGCUUUAAACAAACUGAGGGGGCGGGGCAUCGCAGAGCUCCUCCCACUGGGCUGCACGCUGCAGACCCUCGCCGCCCUGCAGGUCGACCCCAACCACAAAGUCUGCAAGGCUGCUGCCAACUGCCUCUGCAGAGCCGCAGGCUGCAAGGCCUUCAGGAGCAAGGCGCUGGUUUACUACACAGAGAGUUUGAAAAGCACUGAGGUUCAAAUCCAGCACGGCUCCUGUCUGGCUCUGAAGUGCCUCAGGGCGACAGAGUGUGUGGACCACAUAGCAGAUUUGUGGAGAUCAGCGGAUGAGGAUCUCCGCGGCGCUGCCCGACAGACCGUCCUCUCUUUUGGUAAGAAGGGCUUCUCGGCCUUCCAGAGGAUGGAGCAGCUGUACACGGAGAUGCAGGAGGAGGCUUUUCAGAACCAAGAGACGGAGAUCACGAUUCUAUAGGAAACUGUUUUUAUUUAAGAACAAAAGAUGAAACAUGAAGAAUCUCAACGAUCCUGAUUUACAGGACGAGAGACAUGAGGUCUAUGAGCCUGCACUGAAGGACAAAGCCUCUUAUUCUGAAAAACCUUCAGAAUAAAGGUGAUGUGAGCAGAGGAAGAGCUGAUGAUGGACAGACUGUCCGGUCAGAAAAGUCGCUUUUACUGGGACUUGAUUUCAGUCAAAUAUGAAAAAUUAUGUACAAAAAUAAAACCAAUCUGUUGUGUUACAAUCUACUUAAGUUUUUUAACCAGAUAAGAAAAUGAUUCCUGCUUAUCCAGAGCUGGGACCGUAUCUUUGAGUGUCAGAGCCAUGUGGGCCAAAGAAUCGGAGAUUUCUCGAAUAAAGAAAUAUAGACUUAAAACUUUAUUCUAACACUUUUACGACAACAUUCUAGUUCUAAUAUUAGGACUUAAUUGUCAUUACAACUUUAUUACUGUGAUUCUACAAUUUCAUUCUUGGAAUAUUUGAACUUUUUAUACAUAAUAUUCAAAUUGUAUUUUGUAAUAUAACAACUUUAUGCUGCAUAGUAUUAUGACUUUAUUAUGAAGAGCUCAGAUUUUUUGCUCUUGCUAAUACUCGGUUGUAAAUCUCUAUGGUUGUUUCACUGGAAAAUGAAGAAAACCAUUUAUUUUCACAUUGUGUCUCACAUGUGCGUUUGAGGGAAAUAAUGUACAAACAUAUCUGUGGUUAUGUGGCUGCAGCUGCUGCAGGUGAAGAGCCGCAGAACGAGUGGAGUUUGAUUUGAGACACAAACACAGGGGACAUUGACACGAAGGACAAACGAUUUUAUCUUAAUCUCCUUUUUCAAGCAUAAUUUGUAAAUAUAGUUUUAGUCCCAAUAAACAAGUUUGCUACAAACUAUGGUUCAGAGCUAAAAAUCAGGACACGAACAUUGUCACUUAUUAAUAUUUAAACCUCAUGAACUGUGUUUCUCCAGAGAAAAUAAAACUUUCUUUAGUUUC